AAAGAAAACCAAACUAGUUCCUCCACGAGCUUUGGAUGCUAACCGGUUUCGGCUUUUGUACACCCGUUUUGUUUUUUUCCUACAUAAUACAUUAUUAAAUGUUUGCAUCUGGUUACAUGUGCCAAAAAUCGUUUGAUUAUACAAGCCAGUUUUUGUCUUAUUUUUUAAUUUGCCGAAACAUCUUGAAUAUUGAUAGAAGCAAUUAGCGCCAUCGAACAAAGGGGGACGCCCCCGUGGCGAUUGAAAAGUGAGAGUUGAUGUAGAUCGGCCGAUCGCAAAGGCUGAGAUACACCCAACAGUUGAUCGUGAAGCGGCCUAGCUGGCAGACGUGUCCAUCUGCGAUCCCCAGAAGAAAACCAAUCGAAGAAUCAAAAAUGAAUUUGUCUGCUACGGUGCUAAUUGUGGCCCUCAUCUGUCUGGGGGCUGUGUCCGCGUUUCCCCAACUGAGGCAGCGAAACGAGAAGCAGGUCCAAACCGGAGAGGAUGAUUUGCCCUCCAAGGGCGCCACCAUUGAGGAAGUGGUGGUGGAAUCUGCCUUGUACAUCAAACCGAAGUCUAAUCCACAGGUGCGACGCGUCCGUUCUGUUCUGGAUCGAGAGUCGGGAGUCACCCACAAGCGGGUGAAGCGACAGAGAUUCGGAAAUCCUGGAUUCGGCAAUUCCGGCUUUGGAAACGGGUUCGGUGGUAAUCAAGGAUUCGGCGGUAAUCCAGGAUUCGGUGGUGAUCAAGGAUUCGGUGGUAAUCAAGAAUUCGGCAAUAAUCAAGGAUUCUGGGGUAAUCAAGGAUUUGGUGGUAAUCAAGGACUCGGUGGAAAUGUCCAGGCUGGCACAUCGGCCGGAGCUGGAGGAACCAAGGCGGGCGUCGAUGUUGGAGCGGGACCCGACGGCGGUAAUGCCAAUGCCAAUGUUCAGUUAAGUCCCCUGGGACCACUCGGACCUAGUGGCUAUAACCAGGAGCAGGCCGCCUCAAAUGGAGCUGCACACAAUAAUUACAACAAUGGAGCUAACUCCGGCUCCUCGGCGGCCAGUGGACAGGCGCAGGGCUUCCAAUCGCAGAGUGCCAAUGGAUCUUUUGGGGCCUCCUCCGCCAGCACGGCUACUCAGUCCCAGAACUCCGGUCCCUUUGGGUCCAAUAAUGCGGCAGGUGCCUCGUUGAGCCAGGUGUAUCAUCUCCCAAAUGGACAGACCAUAAACUUCAGCUCCACAAACAGCUUCGCCAACGGAGGAGCCAACCGGGGCAGUAGCCAUGGUUCGGCGGUUUCAGUGAGCCGUUAGGAGCAGAUUGCAUCCUACAGGGAAAUACCUCCAAAUUAAUCUAUUGGUCAGCAAUCCUAUGUGCAAAUGUCUAAAAUAUGCAAAUAAAUAUUUAUGAUUAAAAAAGUU